GGCAAAGUCGUGCUGCUGACUGGCAUUGGAGCUGUUCGCGAAGGCUAUGGAAAUGGAACGGCAAUGGCAGCCAUAAUGGCUCGGCAAGGAGCUAUUGUGUUUGGAUGCGAUAUCAAUCUAGAGGCAGCGAAUAAGGCAGCAAACAAUAUCAAUAAUGAGGAAGAAACCAGAUCCCAUCCGGCCAGAAGCAAUGGAAAACUGCCGGACGUGACCAAGAAAUCUGCUUGCGAAGCUUUCGUCAAUGCCUGUAUGGAGAAGUAUGGCCGUAUCGAUGUCCUUGUCAACAAUGUCGGAAAAUCCGAGCCGGGAGGACCUGCCGAGCUUUCUGAGGAGGCUUGGGACGGCCAAACAGAUAUCAACCUGAAGACGGUAUAUCUGAUGUGCCAUCUCGUGCUUCCGAUCAUGGAAAAGCAGGCCACGGGUGGUGCGGUGGUUAAUGUGUCAUCGGUCGCCGGGCUGAGGUACAUUGGCAAGCCGCAAGUAGGCUAUGCUGCCACGAAAGCUGCGGUAAUCCACUUUACGAAGACUACAGCUGUGAUAUAUGCGCAGAGGACAGGUGGCAAGGUUCGGCUCAACACUGUGGUUCCAGGACUGAUCAACUCGCCACUGGUAGGUGUGCUUACCCACAAGUACGCUGACGGAGAUGAGGAGGGAUAUAGGAAGAUCCGCGAUAAACAGAGUCCAACUGGUAAGAUGGGAACCGUUUGGGACGUCGCGCAUGCCGCUCUCUACCUUUGCUCCGAUGAGGCGGGCUAUGUGACCGGGCAGGAGUUGGUCGUUGAUGGUGCUAUCACAGAUAGCACCGGA